AUGGCAGCUCCGAAUGAGCUCAUACCCAAGUUCCAAUCUGUCUUGGAGCCGUACGUCAAGCCCCGAGAGCAAGUCAACUAUAUCAGGCGCAUCUUGGCCUUGCACUUGGGAUCAUGCACCGGAGACGACGCAGCCGUGCAGCCACUGUCGGUGGUGGACAGCUCUCGCCAUGUUGAUCCCAGCGCCGAGGAGCUGAGAGGUGUCCAGAAGGAGUACGCUGCAGCUCUGCAGGCCAAUGUUGCCGCUCGGCGCCAGUUCGAUGCGGCGCUGCAAGCUGCGAGUUUGGAGAGCGGUUCGCGGCCGACGGCGACGUCUAGCGGACCCAAUUUCCUGGACGGGCAUCUCGCGCUGCUGAGACUGCGGCAGAAGCGAGAGUGUCUCUUGGCCGUCCGAAGCUCUCUAGACCAUCUGGCUGAGAAGCCCGCCUCCAGUCAAAGUCUCUUGGACACCGACAAGGUCUUCCGGGGCGCGACGGCUCUUCCAAGUGUACCGAAAGCCGUGGUAAACAGCUUCGUGGCCGAGAAAAGCGCUGCUCAACCCGAUCUGGGAAGUCGAGUACAUCAGCUGGAGAAGGCGGUGUUAUGCGCCAAGCUACAGUCGAAACAAGAGGAAAGACUACUCGCUGAAGCGAAGACCAGGUGCAAAAGCAGGUCUGAAGUCGUCAGCCAUGGCGCCAAGCUCGAGGCUCUCAACACGACGAGAAACGAGCUGAUCAGUUGGAUUGAGGCGGAGCUGAGCAAGGCUUCCGCAGAAGAAGCCGAUGAAGGCGGAGACAGCUUUCGACAGGGACAGAAUUGCCAACCCGAAGACGACCAAGCAACUGUGACAGCACAACUCGGCCAAAUCAGCCAAAAGUAUGCGAGCUACGUAGCCGGCAGGAAAGAGGUUCUGGCGUUGGCGUCUCAGCAGCAGCUGCCGUCGAUGUCGCCACCGCACCAGCAAGCCACUCCCUCGGAGCAUGUGGAUAAUGCCGACUCAAAGCUGGCCGACCACCUUCUUACACCCUACAUCGAGGCGCUACUUUCCAUUUCCAGCCAUCAAAAGACCGUGAUAUCUUACAAGUCUCACGCCAGCUCGGUGCUCAAGAAGCAAAUCAAUGACUCUCGCCAGGCACUUGACCGUCUCGCCGAGGAAAGCCAACUUCUCCCGUCCUAUCCCAUGAAGAGCUCGCAGCGGGGACGAUCUGGCAUGGCCAAUGACACGACCAAGUCGUCUAAUUGCUCCGAGGGCAUAUCAACCUAUAUCAGGCCUUGGGUGCUGGCCGCCGAUUCCGCCAAGAUCGCGACAUUAGAAGCUGUUGCAGAAACGAUCGAGGGCGGGCAGAUUGCGCUGGAAAAUUGCAUGAAGUCUCUCCAGGACGUUGACCGGCUUUUGGGCCAGGACACGGACCAGGAAACAUGUGAUACCGAUCUCGCACAGCCAUCAGACAACGUAGGGCCAAGCCUUGGGGGGGCCAGUGCCAGAAAGCAGGCCGACAAGAAGGAUGGGCCAAGGCAGCAGAAAGGCGAUCCUUGGUCACGGUUGCACGGGAACGUUGGUUUGAUUGGCCACGACGAUUCAGAUUGA